AUGAAUGAAUAUAUGUGGGGAAAGUUCGUAUAUGUAAGAACGAAUUUUACAUAUGAUCAGAAUGCUAGGGAUUAUAGAUUUACAACUAAUCAGCAUUUCAAAGAAUAUUGUAAUAAUCAAAUAUGUGGUAGUGAUCUCGAUAAAAUUAAUGCUGCGUGUUUAUAUUUGUUUGAUGAACUCUUUGGAACUUCUGACGCGUUUAAUGUUAAUUCAAAAAAUAAUAUCAAUAUUGUUGAGUACAUUAUAAUAUGGUUAAGUUAUAUAUUAAGCCUAAAAUCACAUGAGGGAAUCACCAAUCUAAAUGAUUUUUAUAAUCAAUAUAUAAAGGAUGGUGCGAAGUAUAAUAAGAAAAUAAAUGGUAUUAUUGCUUAUAAUAGUUAUAAGGAUCUUAUAAAUAAAAAACAAAAUUUGAUGAGUAUUGGUAUUAAAGAUAUGUCUAAAUUUUAUCAUGCAUUUAAUGCAUUAUGUAAUAUGUAUAACAUAUUUGAUAAAACAAAACCAGAUUGCAACAGCUAUUUAGAAAAAGCUAAAAAGUUUGUUGAACAAUAUGAUAAACUUAAUGAAGAUUAUAAUAAUGGUAAAGAAAGCCCCUAUAAUCAAUUAUUAUCUACAUUAUCAAAUGAUUAUAAUAGGUUUAAAAAGGAAUAUGAUAGCGUUAAAUGCAAUAAUUUUCCAUCCCUUCCAACAUAUCCACGAAGAUUAAUAAUAAAAAACACACUAAUUUCAAUUGGAUUUAUAUUUGUUGCAGUGUCAAUUUUCUUGGGAAUUGUAUAUAAGUAUUCGUUAUUUGGAUUUCGGAAACGAUUUCAAAAACAAAAAUUAAGAGAAAAGCUAAAAAAUAUAAAGAAGAAAAUGAAUCGUUCAUAUAUGAUUCAAAGAGAGUGA